AGGGUGUCAUAUUCAUUGCCGGGACUCGACGAAUAGGUUUGCCACAGUGACACUAAAAAAAUGUAGCUCGGAAAUCCUUGUUGGUGAGUCUCAUUCCAAGACUCGAAGAUGGACCACUAUAUUGGAAUAACCGGACAUACUUUCGUUUCAUUUUCGUUUAUCUAGGAGGAUCAAGAGUCAUGUACAAGGUUGCCUUCCUCUUAGUAUGCCUGGGCCUUGCCAGGGCCUUCGUUUUUGACAAUACUUACUGUUCUGACCGCGAGUUCAGGUGCCUUGUUGGCGAAUGCGUGCCCAAAGACUACUUAUGCGACACCGAACACGACUGCAGUGACGGCUCCGAUGAGAUAAACUGUGCCACCGACUGUUCCGGCGAUCAUCAGUUCAAGUGCAAGUCGGGGAAGUGUAUCACACAUGAGUAUUUCUGCGACGGCGAUGACGACUGUGGCGACCGCUCCGACGAGAAAGACUGCGGUAAAAUGAGGUGCGACCAGUAUGAGUUCCACUGUGUGGCUGACGGCAUUUGCAUCGAGGAUGUGUGGUACUGCGAUGGAGACAAGGACUGCACCGACGGCUCAGACGAGGCCAACUGCACCUCGUGCCUUGACGACCAAUUCCGGUGUACUUCCGGUUUGUGUAUCGACUUGCAAUGGAAGUGUGACGGCGACAAUGACUGCAGCGACGGUUCAGAUGAACACAACUGUGGAAACUGCACAGCCACCCAAUUCACGUGCGCCAACGGCAGGUGCAUUCAGAAGAGCUGGGUGUGUGACGGCGACAAUGACUGUGACGACUUCUCCGACGAGAAGGGCAGUUGUGGAACCAUUGCUCCAAACCAGUGUCGCGACAUGCUGAUUGGCCGUGACUGUGCCCUGAUGAACGAGACUCAGAACCCAAUUUGUCUGGACAAGGAGCAGGGUGUGCACUACUGCAGGAAGUACUGUAACCUGUGUGGACCUGGACAGCCUGUUGGUUAAAUAAAGACCUAAACACAA